AUGGCCAAUAACGCGGCUCCCGCCACUGCCGCCGGUAGCAACAACAACAACGCCAGCGGCGGCGGCGGCUCCUCCUCGGAGCCGGCUCUGAAGGAAGGUGGAAGCUCCUCGGCGUUAUCUUCUUCGUCUUCUUCUUCUUCCUCCUCCUCCUCCUCCUCCUCCAACCCGGGCUCGGCCAUGGAGACGGGGCUGCUCCCCAACCACAAGCUGAAGAGCGUCGGAGGCGAUCACCCCGCCGCGCCGCCCCACCACCACCAUGCCCACCACCCGCAUCACCAUGCCCACCACCACCACCAUGCCCACCACCCGCACCACCACCACCACCAUGCACUACAGCAGCAGCUAAAUCAAUUCCCGCCGCCGCCGCAGCAGCCGCCGCCUCAGCACCAUCCCGUGCAGAAUAACAACAGCAGCCUCGGCGGCGGCGGCGGCAGCAACAACAACGGCGGUGGCGGUGGCGGCGCUGCUCAGCCCAGUGCAGACAUGGAGCAGCAGCAACAUGGAGGAAAAGACACUGUUUUGGGCGCUCAGGCCGAGCCCCCCCAGCAGCCGCAGCAAAUGCUGAAUAAAGGCGCCGACGAGGAGGAGAUGCCCGGCAAGAUGGGCGAGCCCAUCGGCGGCCGCUACGAUCACCCCGGCUUGGGACCCCUGGGCGGACAGCAGCAGCCCCAGCAGCCGCCCCCGAGCGCUGGGAGCGGCGGCGGCGGCGGCCUCGGCGGCGGCGGCGGGAGCGGGGGAGGCGGCGGCGGCCCCUCCGCGGUGGGUGUCUCGGAGUUCAAUAGCUAUUAUGGCAACGCUGCCCCUGCCCCUGCCAGCAGCGCUACGGCGAGCCGCGCCGGGCCUUGCUUUGAUCAACAUGGCGGACAACAAAGCCCCGGGAUGGGGAUAAUGCACCCCACGGCGGCCCCCAACAGCAUGGACCCCCUGCAAAACUCCCACGAAGGUUACCCCAACAGCCAGUACAACCACUACCCGGGCUACGGCCGCGGCCCCGGCGGCGGCGGCGGCGCGGGCGGCGGCGGCGGCGCGGGAGCUGUGGCGGCGGCGGCGGCGGCGGCCGCCGGGGCAGGCGGCGGCGGCGGCGGCUACGGGGGCUCCGCGGCGGGCUACGGGGUGCUGAGCUCCCCGCGGCAGCCGGGCGGCGGCAUGAUGAUGGGCCCCGGCGGCGGGGCCGGCCUCGGCAAGGCUGCUGCCGGCGCGGCGGCGGCGGCCGGCGGCUUCGCGCGGUUCUCCGGGCAGAACCAGCACCCGUCCGGGGCCACCCCUACCUUGAACCAGCUGCUCACCUCCCCCAGCCCCAUGAUGCGGAGCUACGGCAGCAGCUACCCCGACUACAGCAGCCCCAGCGCCCCGCCGCCGCCGCAGCCCCAGCCCCAGGCAGCGGCGGCCGCCCCGGGAAGCCAGCAGGCAGCGGCGGGCAUGGGCAUGGGCAAGGACAUGGGCGCCCAGUACGGAGCGGCGAACCCGGCCUGGGCAGCGGCGCAACAAAGGAACCACCCGGCGAUGAGCCCCGGCAGCACCGGGCAGGCCAUCGGCAGGACACAGGGCAGCCCAAUGGACCCAAUGGUCAUGAAGAGACCUCAGUUGUACGGCAUGGGCAAUAACCCUCACUCUCAGUCGCAGCAGAGCAGCCCCUACCCUGGGCAGUCCUACGGCCCUCCCGGCCCCCAGCGCUAUCCCGUGGGAAUGCCGGGCCGAGCCCCCGCAGCCAUGGGUGGAAUGCAGUAUCCACAGCAACAGAUACCGCCUCAGUAUGGCCAGCAAGGUGUAAGUGGCUACUGCCAGCAGGGCCAGCAGCCGUACUACAACCAGCAGCCACAGCCUCAGCAUCUGCCACCCCAGGCACAAUAUCUGUCGCAGGCCCAGCAGAGGUACCAGGCUCAGCAGGACAUGUCUCAGGAAGGCUAUGGAACCAGAUCUCAACCCCCUAUGGCCCCAGGAAAGCCUAACCAUGAAGACUUGAAUCUAAUCCAGCAGGAAAGACCAUCGAGCUUACCAGAUUUAUCUGGAUCCAUUGACGACUUGCCGACUGGAACUGAAGCAACCCUGAGCUCAGCUGUUAGCGCGUCAGGCUCUACAAGCAGCCAAGGGGAGCAGAGCAACCCUGCACAGUCUCCGUUCUCCCCUCAUGCUUCUCCACAUCUCUCUGGCAUCCCCGGGGGCCCAUCGCCUUCCCCCGUAGGCUCUCCCGUUGGAAGCAACCAGUCGAGAUCUGGUCCCAUUUCUCCAGCGAGUAUUCCAGGCAGUCAGAUGCCACCACAGCCUCCUGGCAGCCAGUCAGAAUCCAGCUCCCACCCUGCCUUGAGCCAGUCACCAAUGCCACAGGACCGAGGUUUUAUGGCAGGCAUACAGAGGAACCCUCAAAUGUCACAGUAUGGACCUCAGCAAACUGGACCUUCCAUGUCACCACACCCCUCACCUGGAGGCCAGGUGCAUCCUGGAAUCAGUAGCUUUCAGCAGAGUAAUUCAAGUGGUACUUAUGGGCCUCAGAUGAGCCAGUAUGCACCACAAGGAAACUACUCCAGACCACCGACGUACAGCGGCGUGCCCAACACAAGUUACAGUGGCCCAGGACCUGGCAUGGGUAUAAAUGCCAACAGUCAGAUGCAUGGACAGGGGCCAAGCCAGCCUUGCGGUACCAUGCCCCUGGGACGGAUGCCAUCAGCUGGGAUGCAGAGCAGACCAUUUCCUGGAAACAUGAGCAGUAUGACCCCCAAUUCUCCUGGCAUGUCUCAGCAGGGAGGCCCCGGGAUGGGCCCACCCAUGCCAACUGUGAACCGUAAGGCCCAGGAGGCGGCUGCUGCAGUGAUGCAGGCUGCUGCAAACUCCGCUCAGAGCAGGCAAGGCAAUUUUCCUGCCAUGAAUCAGAGCGGUAUUAUGGGAUCCAGCUCCCCCUACACUCAGCCGAUGAACAACAGCUCUGGCUUGAUGAACCCACAGGCUCCUCCUUACAGCAUGGCACCUAACAUGGUGAACAGUUCAACAGCACCUAUGGGUCUUGCAGAUAUGAUGACACCCGGUGAGUCCAAACUACCCCUUCCUCUCAAAGCAGAUGGCAAAGAAGAAGGACCCCCCCAACCCGAGAGCAAGUCAAAGGAUAGCUACAGCUCUCAGGGUAUUUCUCAGCCCCCAACCCCAGGCAACCUGCCAGUCCCUUCCCCAAUGUCCCCAAGCUCUGCUAGCAUCUCCUCAUUUCAUGGAGAUGAAAGUGAUAGCAUUAGCAGCCCAGGCUGGCCAAAGACUCCAUCAAGCCCUAAAUCAAGUUCCUCUACCACAACUGGAGAGAAGAUCACAAAAGUCUAUGAACUAGGAAACGAGCCAGAGCGCAAGAUGUGGGUAGAUCGGUACCUCACGUUCAUGGAGGAGAGGGGCACACCAGUGGCCAGUCUGCCAGCUGUGGGCAAGAAGCCCCUGGACCUGUUCAGGCUCUAUGUCUGCGUCAAAGAGAUUGGAGGUUUAGCACAGGUUAAUAAGAACAAGAAGUGGCGUGAGCUGGCAACCACCUUGAACGUCGGCACUUCAAGCAGCGCAGCCAGCUCCCUGAAAAAACAAUACAUUCAGUACCUGUUUGCCUUCGAGUGCAAGAUUGAGCGAGGGGAGGAGCCCCCUCCAGAAGUCUUCAGCACUGGCGAUACUAAGAAACAACCUAAGAUUCAGCCGCCAUCUCCUGCUAAUUCUGGUUCCUUGCAAGGCCCACAGACUCCACAGUCUACUGGUAGUAAUUCCAUGACAGAAGUGCCAGGCGAUUUGAAGCCCCCAACACCAGCAUCAACACCUCAUGGACAGAUGACACCUAUGCAGGGUGGCAGAAACAGCGCAGUUAGUGUGCAUGAUCCCUUUUCUGAUGUAAGUGAUUCAGCAUUCCCGAAGCGAAACUCCAUGACGCCAAAUGCACCAUACCAGCAGGGAAUAAACAUGCCAGAUAUGAUGGGAAGGAUGCCAUAUGAGCCGAAUAAAGAUCCUUUCGGUGGAAUGAGAAAAGUGCCUGGAAGCAAUGAGCCUUUCAUGACCCCUGGACAAAUGCCUAACAGUGGAAUACAAGAUAUGUAUAACCAGAGUCCAUCUGGAGCAAUGUCCAACAUGAGCAUGAGCCAGCGACAGCAGUUCUCUUAUGGAAGCGGCUAUGACAGGAGGUCGGAUCAUGGGCUGGGUCCUGAAGGCAGUAUGGGACCACCUGGUCAAAGCAACAUGGUGCCUUCAAACAGUGACCCAAGCAUGUACUCUCCUAAUCGUUACCCUGGCCAGCAAAGGCAUGAACCAUAUGGGCAGCAGUAUCCAGGACAAGGACCUCCCUCAGGACAGCCACCAUAUGGAGGACAUCAACCUGGAAUGUAUCCACAGCAGCAGAAUUAUAAGCGACACAUGGAUGGCAUGUAUGGGCCUCCAGCCAAACGCCACGAAGGAGAUAUGUAUAACAUGCAGUAUGGCAACCAGCAACAGGAAAUGUAUAACCAGUACAGCAACGCUUACACGGGGCCUGACAGGAGGCCUAUGCAGGGACAGUAUCCGUAUCCGUAUAACAGGGAGAGGAUGCAGGGCCCAGGACAAAUGCAGCAGCAUGGAAUACCUCCCCAGAUGAUUGGUGGCCCCAUGCAGUCAUCAUCUUCCAGCGAAGGUCCUCAGCAGAACAUGUGGCCAACACGAAAUGAUAUGCCUUAUCCUUACCAGAACAGGCAAGGUCCAGGAGGCCCUGCACAGGCCCCACCGUAUCCAGGGAUGAAUCGCACUGAUGAUAUGAUGGUGCCUGACCAGAGGAUAAACCACGAGAGUCAGUGGCCUUCUCAUGUCAACCAACGUCAGCCUUCUUAUAUGUCAUCCUCAGCCUCCAUGCAGCCUAUCACUAGACCUCCUCAGUCAUCCUACCAGACGCCACCCUCUAUGCCAAACCACAUCUCUAGAGCUCCAAGUCCAGCAUCCUUCCAGCGCUCUUUGGAAAACCGUAUGUCUCCAAGCAAGUCUCCUUUCCUGCCCUCCAUGAAGAUGCAAAAGGUUAUACCCACAGUUCCAGUGUCACAGGUCACAGGACCUCCACCCCAGCCACCACCGAUUAGGCGAGAAAUCACCUUCCCCCCAGGCUCUGUAGAAGCAUCCCAACCAGUCUUAAAACCAAGACGAAAGAUUACCUCAAAAGAUAUUGUAACUCCUGAGGCCUGGAGAGUGAUGAUGUCUCUUAAAUCUGGUCUUUUGGCUGAAAGUACCUGGGCGUUAGACACUAUUAAUAUUCUUCUGUAUGAUGACAGCACUGUUGCUACUUUCAACCUCUCUCAGUUGUCUGGAUUUCUUGAGCUUUUAGUAGAAUAUUUUAGAAAAUGCCUGAUUGACAUUUUUGGAAUCCUUAUGGAAUAUGAAGUGGGAGAUCCAGGCCACAAAGCACUUGAUCACAAAGCAGCCAAGAAAGAUGAUAGCCAGUCCUUGGCAGAGGAUACUGGAAAAGAGGAGAACGACGAAUGUAUUGACUAUUUUGAUGAAGAUGAGGAGGACGGGGAGGAUGAAAAGGUAGAAGGGGAAGAAAAGAGCAUUGUUUUUUCCACUCCUGGUGCCAUUGCUGAUCCAAGUGAGAGGCCAAAACAAGCCAGUAAAUUUGACAAGCUGCCAAUAAAGAUUGUAAAGAAAAAUAAUCUAUUUGUUGUUGACCGAUCUGACAAACUUGGACGUGUUCAGGAAUUUGAUAGUGGACUUCUCCACUGGCAGCUUGGUGGUGGUGACACAACUGAGCAUAUCCAGACUCACUUUGAAAGCAAGAUGGAGAUUCCUCCACGCAGGAAAGCCCCUCCUCCCUUGAACUCUCCAAGCAAAAAGAAGGACCUCGAGGGGAAAGGUGAAUCUGAGGAACAACAAGAAAAAAGUAUAACAGCAACCAUUGAUGAUGUCCUCUCAGCUCGGCCAGGAGCAUUGCCUGAAGACUCAAACUCUGGUUCCCAAACAGAGAGCAGUAAAUUUCCCUUUGGGAUCCAUCAAGCCAAAAGCCACCGGAAUAUUAAACUGCUAGAGGAUGAGCCAAGGAGCCGAGAUGAGACUCCUCUAUGCACCAUAACUCACUGGCAAGACUCCUUGGCCAAACGCUGCAUCUGUGUGUCAAAUAUCGUCCGUAGCUUGUCUUUUGUGCCUGGCAAUGACACCGAAAUGUCCAAACAUCCAGGCUUGGUGCUGAUCCUGGGAAAGUUGAUCCUUCUUCACCAUGAGCAUCCAGAAAGAAAGCGAGCACCGCAGACUUACGAGAAAGAGGAAGAGGAGGACAAAGGGGUGGCCUGCAGCAAGGAUGAGUGGUGGUGGGACUGCCUCGAGGUCUUGAGGGAUAAUACAUUGGUCACAUUAGCCAACAUUUCUGGGCAGCUAGACUUGUCUGCUUACACAGAAAGCAUCUGUUUGCCAAUUUUGGAUGGCUUGCUGCACUGGAUGGUGUGCCCGUCUGCGGAGGCACAGGAUCCUUUUCCAACCGUGGGGCCCAACUCGGUUCUUUCGCCUCAGAGACUUGUGCUGGAGACCCUGUGUAAGCUCAGUAUCCAGGACAAUAAUGUGGACCUUAUCUUGGCCACCCCCCCAUUCAGUCGUCAGGAGAAACUCUACGCUACUUUAGUUAGGUACGUUGGGGACCGCAAAAACCCGGUCUGCCGAGAAAUGUCCAUGGCGCUCUUAUCGAACCUUGCCCAGGGGGACACAUUAGCAGCAAGGGCAAUAGCUGUGCAGAAGGGAAGCAUCGGAAACUUGAUAAGCUUCCUGGAAGAUGGGGUCACUAUGGCCCAGUACCAGCAGAGCCAGCAUAACCUCAUGCACAUGCAGCCUCCACCUCUGGAGCCACCUAGCGUAGACAUGAUGUGCAGGGCAGCCAAGGCCUUGCUGGCCAUGGCUAGAGUGGACGAGAACCGCUCAGAGUUCCUUUUGCACGAGGGUCGUUUGCUGGAUAUCUCAAUAUCUGCUGUCCUGAACUCUCUGGUUGCAUCUGUCAUCUGUGAUGUACUUUUUCAGAUUGGGCAGUUAUGACAUAAGUGAGAAGCCAAGCAUGUGUGAGUGGAGAUUAGAGGGUCACAUAUAACUGGCUGUUUUCUGUUCUUGUUUAUCCAACGUAGGAAGAAGGAAAAAAAAAAGAAUCUUUGCUCCUCUGCCCCAUUCACUAUUUACCAAUUGGGAAUUAAAGAAAUUAUUAAUUUGAACAGUUAUGAAAUUAAUAUUUGCUGUCUAUGUGUAUAAGUACAUCUUUUUAUUUUAUUUUUUUUAACCAAAGUUGCUGUCUAGUACAUUCAAAGGUCACACUUUUUUUUUCCAUAGAUUAUCCUUUUCAAUGUUCUUUUCCAUGUUUGUAUUGCAUAUUUUUUGGGAAGCGAACUAGUGACUUUUUAAAAAAAUGUUAUGGCAAACCAUUGUAUGAUGGAAAAAAAUCUCACCACUUUGAAACAAAAAGGUGAAAAAUAACCAACAUACCAAGUUCCUGUGUGUUUUAUUUUUUCAAAUAAGGAAAAAAUAAAAAAAAAAAAACUUGUAUACCAUCACCCAAAGCUCUGUGCAAUAGAAGAUUCUAGUGAUGUAGGUGUAGGGGAUCAAGGAGGGUGUCAGUCAGUAGUCAAAAUACAAAAUGAUACUGGUUUCUCCUCAGGAGAAAUGGUUACAUUAGGCUAGGAGCAAGACAAAACAAAAAAGUCAAGUUAAAAGAUUUUUAAACAAAACCUGAUGAUAAACAUCAAUUGCUUCCUCACCAGAACUGUCUUGUCUACAUCUUUUUUUUUUUGACCUUCCACAAUGACAGUUCUUCACAAUUCCUUUAAUCAUUUUUUAAAAUAUUUUUUUAUUGCCUAAGGGCCGUGAUGUAUAUAGAAGUUGUACAUUAAACAUACCCUCAUUUUUUUUUUUUUUAGUACAAAGUUUUUAGUUUCUUUUUCAUGAUGUGGUAUCUACAAAGUGAUAGUAGAAUUAUUUUUUCUUUCAUUUGGGCCAUAUCUCCAAAAAAUAAUAAAAAAAAAAAAAGAAAAAAGAAAAAACCCAACACAGAAAACCAACAACUGAGGGUAAUGUACAAGUUUCUGUAUGUAUAAAGUCAUGCUCUAUUUCGGGAGAGCAGCCGAUCACAAUUUGCUUUAUAAAUCAAGGUGUGGAAAUGGUUACGUAUGGAUUGAUUUAAGAAAAUGGUUACCAGUCUACAGACAAAAAAAUAUAUACAGGAAAAAAAAAAAAGGAAGUAACACAACUUCAAAGAUUUUUCAGUGACAAGAAUCUGCAUUUGUAUUUCAAGAUAAUGUAGUUAAAAAAGAAAAAAACUUGAUGUAAAUUCCUCCUUUUCCUCUGGCUUAAUGAAUUUCAUUUAUUCAGUAUAAAAUCUUUAUAUGUUCCACAUGUUAAGAAUAAAUGUACAUUAAAUCUUGUUAAGCACUGUGAUGGGUGUUCUUGAAUAAUGUUCUAGUUGCAGUGUGGGAUAUCGGAAAGCAAAUUAAUUACAAGAAAGAGCAAUAAUGAUUAUUCUCUUUCCCCUACUUUAUUAUUAUGACUUUCAAAAAUAUUACACUAUUGUAUUGCAGCAACUUGCUCUUCUUUUAGAAAAGCCUUCUCACGUCACAGAGAAGCGUUUUUAAUUAUUAUUUAUAAAACCACAGAGCCUCAAAGGGGAAGACGUGGCUGGCAAAUGAUAGUUCUGACUAUGCAGGUAUCCAGUCUCCGUGCUGUGUUUGGAGGACUGAAGAUGGAUGUUAGAAAAAGCGACAAAAGAUUUUGUUAAAGCAAUAACCAACUUGAAGAAAUUGAUCUGUAUACACUACCUGUAAUUCUCUCUGUUGGUUAAAGGUGCAAAUACCCC